AUGGCGAACACCCCUGAGUCUCCUCAUCCUUGUUGCCAUCUUCCUGGCAGUGAUUGCGCGCGCAAGCUCCAGGUGUCGACGUUACACCUUGCGGAGACGGAGCCCCGGCUCAGUGAAGGUCGGACUGAUGGCGACGGUGGCAGCAGCGGGCGUCCUGCUGAGGGCCGGUGUUCGUCCGAGCCGCGCUCUGCAGCUGCUGCGGCGGAAUCUGGGCCCCGCUCUCACUGCCGGCUCCGUACCUCACAGGUACUGGAGGAGGAGGAGGAGGAGGAGGAGGAGGAGGGAAUAGGGAUUCCGUCUUACAAGGACCCCCCCAGAGACAGGAAGGUGAGCAACUUUGUCAUCAACUUUGGUCCCCAGCACCCGGCAGCCCACGGGGUCCUGCGGCUCGUCAUGGAGCUCAGCGGGGAGUCGGUGAAGAAAUGUGAUCCGCACAUCGGCCUCCUGCAUCGGGGAACUGAGAAGCUCAUUGAGUACAAAACCUACCUGCAGGCUCUGCCAUAUUUUGAUCGUCUUGAUUACGUCUCCAUGAUGUGUAAUGAGCAGUGCUAUUCCCUAGCCGUGGAAAAGCUGCUGAACAUCCGUCCCCCGGUUCGCGCCCAGUGGAUCCGAGUCCUUUUCGGUGAACUCACCCGGAUUUUAAACCACAUCAUGGCCAUCACCACCCACGCCCUGGAUAUUGGUGCCAUGACCCCCUUCUUCUGGAUGUUCGAGGAGCGGGAGAAGAUGUUUGAGUUUUACGAGCGAGUUUCUGGAGCUCGGAUGCACGCUGCCUAUGUCAGACCCGGUGGGGUUCACCAGGACCUACCCCUGGGUUUAAUGGACGACAUCUAUGAGUUCAUCAAGAAUUUCUCCAUCCGUAUCGAUGAGGUUGAGGAGAUGUUCACCAACAACAGGAUCUGGAAGAAGCGCACAGUGGAUAUUGGCAUCGUCAGUGCAGAGGAAGCUUUAAACUAUGGAUUCAGUGGUGUCAUGCUCCGCGGAUCCGGAAUCCAGUGGGAUCUCAGGAAGUCUCAACCUUAUGACGUUUAUGACCAGGUGGAAUUUGAUAUCCCAAUUGGCAGCAAAGGAGACUGUUACGACAGGUGAGAGAUCAGGGCAAAAUUAAUCAGCAGGGACAUCCCUUUGUGCUUCAGAUUUCUAAAGCCUUUCCCUGUUUAUAAACUGCUUCUCUUUCUCUUCCCCCAGACCUCGAUGGAGUCCCUAAUUCACCACUUCAAGUUGUACACUGAAGGAUUCCAGGUGCCUCCAGGCGCUACAUACACUGCCAUUGAGGCUCCCAAGGGCGAGUUUGGAGUUUACUUGGUUUCAGAUGGAAGUAGUCGCCCGUAUCGAUGCAAGAUUAAAGCACCGGGGUUCGCCCAUUUGGCUGGGCUUGACCGUAUGGCAGAUGGACACAUGCUGGCUGAUGUCGUAGCAAUAAUCGGUACCCAGGAUAUUGUGUUUGGCGAAGUGGACCGAUAGCCCAUCGUUGGAUAGCCCUCGUUCACCGUCCCUGUGAUCUGGUUCUCGCUCCACCUUGCAGCGAGCCUCCUCCAUCUCUGCACUUGCCUGGGUCCCGUUCCCACGUGUGUGUGUGUGUGUGUGUGUGUGCGCGUGCGCGUCUCUCUCUCCAGUUCAGCUAUUUGCACCAGUUGGUAAUAAAUGGCAAGAACCUUA